AUGCCACUCAACAUCUCGCCAAAAAUUUUAGAAGAGCUUAGACCUGGGUUAGAAAGCGAACUUAGAAGCCGAUAUAGUGUAGACAAUGAAGAAGCACACGACAUUGCCGAAUACAUAAUAUUCUUGAUUGAAAAUAAAGAUUCCAAAGACAAGGUCUUGGAAGAGAUAUUAGACGUGAAGGAAUUUCCUGGGGAUGAAGGUUUUAUAAAUCUUGUGUUUGACGAGAUUGCCAAUAUUCAGCGCAAACAUGAACAGGUGGGACAGGUACCAGUCCAACAUGAGGCAAGCAGUACAGGCGGUGCAGACCCAUUUGUUAAUCAAAACCAGGCCCCAAAUUAUGUUCCAGGGCCUGGCCCGAGUAUACAAACUGAGUCUGGUUUAUCCAACAUAUCGGGGGCUCCACCAACUGAUAUUCAUACAAAACAGCGUCCAACAGGACCCAGCACACCAGCAGGACCAAAACGAAUGACAGAGAGGGAGAAGCUCGCAUUGAGAAACAAGAGAUUUGGCAAUGACUCUUCCAUUGCACGUACCGGUAGCCAAACCAAGGGCAUAGGUAAGUCAAGACCAAGCGACCGUGGAAAUGUAACGAGACCACCACAAGCGACGGCAAAGUUGGAGCAGUUGAUUGCAUCUGGAAAUAACGGUCAAGACAAUGUCACAAAGUUUGUAACUCGUAAACCAAAGGGUAGAUGUCCUCGUUUCCCCAAAUGUACAGUUGCAAAUUGUGAGUUUGCACAUCCAACUAAAGAGUGUUUUGCGUAUCCCAACUGCCCCAAUCCGCCGGGAACUUGUAACUUUUUACAUCCAGAUCAAGACCAGGAGUUGAUUGCCAAGCUAGAGGAAUCAAAUAAGGAGUACAUGGAACAAAAAAAGAGGUAUAUUGAGUUGAAGCAAGGGUCUUGUAAAUUUGGUGCCAAAUGCGCUAAAGAGAAUUGUCCAUUUGCCCAUCCUACACCAGCAAACCCAGAAGCAAAGAUCGAGACCUUGGAAUUUUGUCCCGGUGGAAUCAAUUGUCAAGACGAUGAAUGUAAAAAAGCGCAUCCGCGUGCACCAACUGCUGGUGUUAAGCCAUUACCAACACUCCAUGAGAUUUCUUUGGAACAGUGUAAAUACGGUAUGAAUUGUACUAAUUACAAGUGUGUUAGAAGACAUGCAACAUCGAGUGUGCCUUGCCGUGCUGGUAUCCAGUGCACCAGAGUUGACUGUACUUUUAAUCACCCCUUUAAGGAGAUGUGCCGUUUUGGUGCUGCUUGUCAUAUUGCAACAUGUAUGUACCAGCAUCCAGAAGGUAGAACCAUGGUGCCUCAUACAUGGACAAAGGAUUCUGCCGAUUUAUCUCAGAAUCAAGUUAAUGAGCGUCAAUUUGCUGUUGGUGAAGACCAAGUUAUGGAACAAGUCGCUCAACAAUAA